UGGAGCAUGGCGGAGAGGAGUGGAACGAAGCGCCAGCGGGAGGGGGGUGACCAAAAGAUUGACUGGCGCAAAUGGAAGCAAGAAAAAAAAGAGGAGAAGAAAAAAUGGAAAGAGUUGAAGCUAUUAAGAAAAUUAGAAAAGCAAAGGUCACAGGAGGCGAUGGAGAAACGGAAGGAAGAGUCAAAGCCAGAGGAAGAUAAAGGCCGUCGCUACACGGUCAGUAUUGCCCUUCCCGGCUCGAUCCUAAACAAUGCCCAGUCGCUGGAGUUGCGGACGUACCUUGCUGGGCAGAUUGCUCGGGCCUGCGUCAUCUUCUGCGUGGAUGAGAUCGUGGUGUUUGAUGAAGAUGGAGAAGAUUCAAAGACCGUUGAAGGCGACUUCGAGGGGAUCAAGAAGAAAGGCCAGGCCUGCGUGCAGCUGGCGCGGAUCCUGCAGUAUUUGGAGUGCCCCCAGUACCUAAGGAAAUCUUUUUUCCCCAAGCACCAGGACUUGCAAUUUGCAGGGCUCCUAAAUCCCUUGGACACCCCCCAUCAUUUGCGGAUCGACGAGGACUCGGAAUACCGGGAAGGUGUGGUUUUGGCCCGGCCCACCAAACCCGGCCGGGGCUCCUUCGUGAAUUGUGGAAUGCGGAAGGAGGUACAGAUAGACAAGCAGCUAGAAGCUGGGCUCAGAGUCACAGUGCGACUAGAUGAACAGCAGAAUCUGGACAGCAAAACGCAAAAGGGCACUGUGGUGUCUUCGCAUCAGCCGCGCACCGUUUCCGGCCUUUACUGGGGUUACACUGUCCGCUUAGCUUCCUGUCUGAGUGCUGUGUUUGCUGAAUCCCCGUUUAAGGAAGGCUACGAUCUCUCCAUCGGGACUUCUGAGCGAGGGGCCUCUGUCGAACAAGCAGUUCUGCCUUCUUUCAGCCACGCUCUGCUUGUGUUUGGAGGCUUGCAAGGGCUGGAGGCCGGCGUGGACGCCGACCCAAACCUGGAGGUCACGGACCCGAGCACUUUGUUUGACUUGUAUCUGAACACCUGUCCAGGGCAGGGAAGCCGCACCAUCAGGACCGAGGAAGCGAUCCUCAUUUCUCUGUCGGCGCUGAGGCCUCGGAUCCACGCGGCGGCGAAGAAAGCCGAAAACAGCCGCACAAAAGCAAGCAAGUGAAUGGUCUAAGGGCUAGAUAGCUCUGUUUUUCUCUGGAUCUUUUUUUUUUGGCCUGUGCUCACUGCAAACAAAAAGUGAUAAAACUUCCGUGGCCGUCUCUUCCCUUUCUCUCUCCAAGAUCUAGAAAUGCACCAGGACGAAGGGUUGUUACGUGGAUGAUUUGUACAUAUUAUGGAAAAAUUUAUAGAUUUUUUUUUACAGUUCAGCAUAGAGAAGCCUCGGCAAACUCAUGGAGUUCUGUGUAAUAAUUGCUUAGGAAGGAUCAACGAAUACACAAUGAAAUGAUCAAAUCUGCUCCUCAAAGUAUUUUAGUUUGCAAACAACUCCAAAGUACAGCCCGGUUCACACAAUCGCAGCGUGGUUAAUAAGUCACCUUCGUUUAACUACCCAUUGUGUGCCGGCGAAGGUAAUUUU